CCACUUGAUUAUUGCACGUUUGGAGGGCAUUUUUGCAAGCUCAACCCUAUACGAGCGGUGCUCGGUCGGUCUCUCUCUGUGCUUGUUAGCUUUGCGCCUUUGCGCCUUUGCGCCACAGGGGAAAACAGAAUCGAGUGAAGUUUUGAGGCCUCCGGCAGUCUUCCGGUUCCAUUACUUUACCCAUCUCAAAGCCAUGGAUUUGUGCGGAGGGAUCAGAUCAAGAAGGGUAGCAUUAAAAGCUAUUGUCACACAGAAAACAGGAGGAGGAGGAACAGAGAUGUCGUACGGCGAGACAACGGACGAGCAACCGCUAAGUCCAGCCGCCCGUAUUUUUCGCGAGCCUAACUUUAACUGCUACAUCAUUGCGAUCAUGGGCUGCAAGACAAAAAUUGAUCCCGACGUUAUCAAGGCUGGUUUGGAGACUACCCUGCUGAAGCACCCUCGUUUCUCCAGUAUUCAGCAGGUGGCCAGCGAGGGCAAAAGUGGGGAGAUGAAUUGGGUUCGAACCAAGGUGGAUCUGGACAACCACGUUAUCGUUCCAGAGCUGGACCCAAACAUGGAGUCGCUCGACCAGUUCCUAGAAGAUUAUGUCUCCGAUCUUACCAGAACUGCUAUCGACAUGUCAAAGCCGCUUUGGGAACUCCAUCUCCUCAACGUGAAAACCUCCGAGGCGGAGGCAGUGGGCGUUUUUCGGAUCCACCACUCCCUUGGCGAUGGCAUGUCCCUCAUAUCUCUGCUGCUUGCGUGCACCCGUAAGAGCUCCGAUGGAGGAGCAUUGCCGACGAUUCCGGUACAGAAAAGAGCGGCUACAGGGACCUCCGGCUCGUGGUUCCUGUGGGUCCUCUCUUCGGUAUUGGCUGUUUUGCACUUGCUCUGGAAUUCGACGGUGGAUAUCUUCAAGUUCUUGGCGACGUCGGUGUUUAUCAAAGACACGGAUACGCCUCUUAAAGGUGGACGCGGCGUGGGAUUCACUCGCAAGCGAUUCGUGCAUCGGACUGUGAGUCUUGAUGAUAUCAAGUUAGUGAAGAAUGAGUUGAAAAUGACCAUAAACGAUGUUGUGCUAGGAGUAACACAAGGAGGACUUUCUCGCUAUCUCAACCGGAGAUAUGGUGAGAGUAAAAUGGAUGAGGAAGCAACAAGGAAGAGAAAUAAUCUUCCAAAACAUAUCCGCCUGAGAGCAGCUCUUCUUGUUAACAUAAGACCAUCUACAGGGAUCCAGGCUCUAGCUGACAUGAUGGAUAACAAGAGUGAAGCUAAGUGGGGCAAUUGGCUUGGCUACGUUCUCCUCCCCUUCAAGAUUGCCUUACAUGAUGAUCCAUUAGAUUAUGUCCGCGAAGCAAAAGCCACGAUCGAUCGAAAGAAGAUCUCUCUUGAAUCAAUGUUCACAUUCGUUUGUGCCACAAUAAUCGUCAAGUCCAUUGGCCAGAAGGCAGCUGCUCUUCUAUGCCACAGAAUUCUGUCAAACACAACAAUGUCCUACUCAAAUGUUGUUGGGCCAGUAGAAGAAAUCAGUUUUUGUGGGCAUCCAAUUGUUUACCUUGCUCCCAGUGUUUAUGGACACCCACAUGCCCUCACCAUUCAUUUCCAAAGUUACAUGGACAAAAUGACCAUUGUUCUAGCUGUUGAUCAAGAUGUGAUUCCUGAUCCUCAGAGGCUCUUGGGUGAUCUUGAAGAAUCUCUCAAGCUCAUUAAAAAUGUUGUCAUGUCAAGACGUUGAGACAUAUACCCACAGAUUUACACAUGCACAUGUCUCUUUGUACUUCAACAGGCCAAGUGACAGUCACUGUUUUCAUGCUCAUUAUUGUGCUUGCAGCUCCAGGCUUAUUUUCCCUUAUCA